UAUCUCGUCGUGCUCCUGAACUGACUAGAAAGAAAGAAAGUUGAGCCCCUCCAGAACAAAGAUUAAACUAUGAUGAACUAUCGAUGACGGCAAGUCAAUAGAUCAUCAUUGCCACGCUGACCCCGUCUGGCCGAAACCCGGCACCGGGGAGACCUUCACGCGAACAGUCUAUGAGUCUCAUUCCCUCUUAAGCGAGACUCUCUAUUGAUGUCCAGCUCAUGGCCAGAGCCAGGGCUGAUACAGGCGGGUUUCCCAAGGAGCCUCACUCGGUGUCCCUCAAGGUUCUAAGGCUCUCACGACCAUCACUAGCCCAACAACACCCGCUGCCACGCGAGAGUGAGACCAAGAUACCACAAGCAGCUUCCGCUGCAUAUCCAAGCGAUACCACCGACCAAGAGUUCGUCCUCUCCGGUAAUCUUGGGCUUCCGCCUUCUUUUGGCUCAGCUCAUGUAGGGGAGACUUUUUCGUGCGCACUUUGCGCCAACAAUGAACUUCCACCAGGCCGAACUUUCAAAUCUGUGUCCGGCACCAGGAUUAUCGCGGAAAUGCAGACUCCAUCCCAAUCUGUCCCGUUGGAACUCCUUGCUGCCGAUGCCGAAGAGGACCAAGCAGACCCCAAUAGAUCGCUACAGAGAAUAAUCCAAUUCGAUCUCAAGGAGGAAGGCAACCAUGUCCUUGCAGUCAAUGUUUCAUACACAGAGACAACGUCUGGCGAUGGUCAGGCAACCAGUGGAAAGGUACGGUCAUUUCGAAAGUUGUACCAGUUUGUUGCUCAGCCAUGUCUGAGCGUGCGGACGAAAGCAACGGAGCUUCCAUCAGUCGAAGUUCCUGAUAAAAGCCAUGGCCCAUAUGGAAGGGCAAUUCUAGCUCGGUACGUGCUGGAAGCUCAGCUCGAAAAUGUGUCCGACAGUUCGAUUGUUCUUGAAGAGGCACGACUCCAGGCCAAGGCACCUUUCAGAGCCACAUCUCUUAACUGGGAUGCGGAAAGGGAUGCUGGAGUCGAAGUUCAAAACCCUUUCGUGAAUGUUAGAGACAUUAUCCAAGUAGCUUUCCUCGUAGAGCAAGAACAGGAUGUAUCUGAAGGGCUCGAGGAAUUACGUUCUAGUAUGAGAAGGGAGGGCAGAGCAGUGCUAGGCCAACUGGCCAUCCAAUGGCGGACAUCCAUGGGUGAACGAGGUGCUUUGAGUACAGGGAAUCUUUUGACGAGGCGGAAGGUGUCAUGAUUGUUCAUUUGUCG